UCUCUGUCCUGUAAUAAGUGAACUCUGAGCUCAUGUGUUUGUGACUCUUCACCUCUGUCUCCUCUCACAGGGAGAAGAUGAUCUGCAGCAUCCUGCUGCUCAUCAUCCUGACCUCCUGUGUCUCUGGAACAUUAGUAGUGAAUGUGACCCAGACCUCCUAUCAGGCAGAGGAGAACCACCACAUCACACUGGAGUGGACCUUCACAACCAACCCUCACACUUCCUCCAACUCUCUUAAUAUCUUCUGUGAACUGUUAACUGAUCUCAAGAAUCUAGUCCUGUUUCAUCUCCAUGAAGGAGUUGAGGUCCCAGAGUCUCAGGAUGAACAGUUUGCAGGACGAGUCCAGUGGGACAAAGACGUCCUCAGAGAAGGACGACUCAGACUUCAUGUGUCCAGACUCAGGACUAAUGAUUCAGGACUGUACCUGUGUGAUGUGCUCACAAGUUAUGGGAGUAACUCUGGUAGAUGUUGGCUCAAUGUCACUGCAGCGAGGGAUCGGCCUGAACCUGAGACACCAAACACAACAAGUCCACCACAACCAGAGAGUCGGGUAAGGAUCGGUCUCUACUGUGGACUGGGACUGACAGCAGCUCUGCUGGCUCUCUUCUUAGUCUUCAGUCUUUGUUUUACCAAAUCUACUGAUAAUAAAAGAAAUCACCUACAGUUUUGCAGCCGUGUCGAGUUUAUCAGAGAAACGAGCCAUCAGGACUAA